AUGGAGGGAGCUGGACCCGCGGAGUGGGAGCCGGGACCGAGUGACCGGCUGAUGAGGGGGGAGGCUUUCUUCGGUGUGGAAGCAUUAAAAGAAAUAGAUGAUGUCUAUGAAAAAUACAAGUCAGAAAACGAUCCUGUUCAGAAGAAGCGCUUGCAGCAGCACCUUCAGCGGGCGUUAAUCAACAGCCAAGAACUUGGAGACGAAAAAAUCCAGAUAGUUACUCAGAUGCUAGAACUGGUAGAGAAUAGAGCCCGGCAAAUGGAAACACACUCCCAGUGUUUUCAAGAUCUGUCUGAGAACGAAAAGCCUCUAGAAAAGGCAAAAAUGGAGACCUGCCAGCCAGAGAGAUCUUCGCGCAGACCCCGUCGGCAGCGCACCAGCGAGAGCCGUGACCUGUGCCACAUAGCAAACGGCAUUGACGACUGCGACGAUCAGCCACCUAAAGAAAAAAGGUCUAAAUCCUCCAAGAAGAAAAAGCGCUCCAAAGCCAAGCAAGAGAGAGAGGUUUCACCUGUGGAGUUUGCAAUUGAUCCAAACGAACCAACUUACUGCUUAUGCAACCAAGUGUCUUACGGUGAAAUGAUAGGGUGUGAUAACGAACAGUGUCCUAUUGAGUGGUUCCACUUUUCGUGUGUUGGACUCACCUACAAACCAAAGGGGAAAUGGUAUUGUCCCAAGUGCAGAGGAGACAAUGAGAAAACAAUGGACAAAUGUACUGACAAAUCAAAAAAGGAUAGAAGAUCGAGGUAGUGAAAGCAAUUCAUGUUUUAAAGAGUUGCUCCUUUUAUAUUAAAAUGUUUAAUUUCCAGAGAACGGUGUUUUAGGAAAUGCAUAAGACUAUGCAAUAAUUUUUAAUCUAUAAUAUUAAUGGAGUAUUAAAAGCUGUUAUACUUUCUGUGAUCUUUAACUUUCUGCACUGAAUAACCAAAUAAUUGAAACAGGGUGGCUUCAGACCUUCACAGAAGACAUUACAAGCAUAUGACGCUUGGUUUCAAUUUAACCCCAUUAGUGUUUUAAAGAACCUUGUCAAUCUUGAAAUAAUGGUGGCGGGAAAGAUACUGAAGAACUUUUCAUGCAGUGAGAAGUGUUGAAAGGCCUUGCAUACCUGCUAGAAUCUUAACAACUGAAUUUGUUCUUUAUCCCAGGUCUUAAGUUUUCAGUUUUUGUGUUAACAUCACACAUUUGGAAUUAGGGUUUUUGAAUUCAGCUGUAACUGUAAAAGUCUUCCGAGCUAAAAGCAGACCUCUUCAGUGACUUUCAUAUGACCAAUAUGUUAUUUCAAGGAAGAAAAUACCACUAACUUAAGUCUUUUUUUUUUUUUUUGGUCAAUAUUAAACUCUUGUCUUUGUGACU